UGGAACGUAGUGGUGCGAACACGUGACGGAAAUGACGGUAGCCGCGUUGCAAUCCCGGCUCCUGUCCGGAUGACGUGACUGGGCCGGGACCUGUACAGCUCGUUGCCCUUGAUGGCCGUGAAUUCUCAUCUAAGAUGAGUAUCCUAUGCCGCUGGUACGCGCUCGUCCUGCUCACGUGCACGCUUUGGACUGGGCUGGCCGGCUACGCUGACCAAGAGGCUCAGAUCGAGAGGCCCAAGGAGCUGCUGCGGCACCAGCAGAAUCAUCGACCUUCCUUCAUCGAACGAAAGCUGGUCGACAAACUAGAGAUGCACGAAAGCGUGACGGAGCCUUCGAUGGAGCUAGAAGAUCAGGAGGACACGCUACCAGACGAGGAUGACGAUCAGCAGGAGCCUGAGGAUCGGUUGGUCUCCUUUAGAUCUAAAUUGGAAACUAACAUAGAAAGACCAGCCACUCAAAUCAGACACAGUAGAUCCAGAAGUCAUUUCGUGAGACAGGUGAAGCUAGAUGAUACCGAGUCCUCGUACGUGUUUAGUGGAUCCAGUAGAAGAGCCGAGCAGAUGGACAAUGAAUCUCAAAGCGAGGAUAUUUCUAUUUCAGACCGGUCUAGGAGCAAAAGUGAAAGCUCUAACACGAUCUCAGGCCAGGAUCUGAGAUCGUCGGGCGCGAUCGACGAACGAUCUACGGUAGAGUUGGACAAGCUGCUCACCAGACUAUCGGAAGCUGGGUCUGACAAAAGAAAGGAAGGGAAAGUGCGCCAUAGAAACGAUUCUUUAUACAAGUGGAAGAAAACGUUCAACAGAAACAAGUUUAAAAUCUUUAAAAUCUUUAACAGAACUGCCGCCAAUGGGACCGAAAGCUAUGGAAACAUCGUGCAUGGAAUAUCGUUUGGUGACAGGAAAGACCUGGACGACGAGGAUAUCGUUCUAUCAGGCGAUGUUUACGACUUUGGCAUGAUCGGAGACAGGAACAAUUCGGAAAAUGAAGAUUAUGAGGAAUAUGAGAAGAACGGAGACCAAGGGAAGUCGAGCAAGGAACCUGUCCACGUGGACAUCGUCACGAGGUUCCUUCGUAUCAUCGAGAAUCAGCACAUUCUCGGUGAGAACUGCACCGCUGGGACAGAUUUAAACCUGGGCGAGGGAAUCGUGGACCAAUAUGCUCAGGAAAGGUUCAAAUUGGAAGCUAACCUUGCGGUGAACAGGGCCAACAUGCUGACCAGACUGUGGAAAUACGCGCCAGACGUAAUGCUCUCCUCGGAGUACCUGUUACACGCUAGCGUCUUGUCGAUGGUCGAGUUUGACGAGGAUAUAUUCGCCGCUGGGAAUUGCUAUGACAAGCUGCAGUAUGGAGACCACUGGCUUUACUGUCCCUUUGCUCAUCGACUUCAGGACCAAGAUGGAAUUCUGGUGAAGGACCUGGCGAUCGAGUACAAGUAUCUCAGCAACAGCAGCGAGUGGUUUUACAUCGCCAGGAAGAACGCCGAACGCGUGAUCGCCAAUAGUGAUCAGUUCAGUCGCGGUGAGUGA